AUGGCAGCGCAAAAGAAACUGAGAGCUAUUUUGACCGAUGAAGGUGUGCUGAUCAAAUCACAAUCUCACCAUAUGUUCAGUAAGCAUGGUCAACUUAGAAGCGGCGAUUCGUUAUCUUUGUUGAGCUGUCUGUCCUGUCUGGAUGAUGGGACCCUGAGCUCUGACGGAGGUUCUUUUGACGAGGACGAUUCCCUAGAACUGCUACCUCUUAAUACUACCAUCCCAUUCAACAGGAUUUUAAAUGCAAAAUAUUUAAACGCUGAUCAAACAAGGGCUAAUAACGGAAAAACUCUUUCCGAUCUUUCUCAAAUCGAGAAUACGGGCUCCUCAUCAGAAAAUGAUGAAGUAGAGAACCGUAGUUUGAGUAAUGAUAAAGGUCAACAGUUCCAAUCAUCUCUAAAUGAACUAAACUCAUCCUCGAAUAAGGAUAAGUGGAACUCGAAGACGAGCAACAUCACACCAUCUACCGAUGUUUCACGGGAUGCCUCUCCAAUGUUUGGAAUGAGAGACAAUCAACACUUGAUCGAAUUGACAUUCGCUGUACCCAAGGGUCAUGACAUUGUACCACAAAAAUUAACGCUAUUGAUAGACCACGUCUCUAAAAAAUCAAAAACGAAUUCCGGGUUAAAUUCAAGCCCAUCUGGUGUCGUGGAAGAAAUCCUGGAAAAAAGUUAUGAGAAUUCCAAGAGGAACAGGAAGGUUUUAGUCAUCAUCAACCCCUAUGGUGGUAAAGGUAAAGCCAAAAAAUUAUUUUUAACCAAGGCAAGGCCAAUUCUGCUAGAAAGUGGUUGUAAAAUAGAAAUCGCAUAUACCAAGUAUGCUCGCCAUGCCAUUGAUAUUGCCAAAGAUUUGGAUAUCAGCAAAUACGAUACUAUUGCAUGUGCAUCGGGUGAUGGUAUUCCAUAUGAAGUGAUAAAUGGACUCUACAGAAGGCCUGAUAGAGUAGAAGCAUUCAAUAAGCUAGCUGUGACGCAGCUGCCAUGUGGUUCCGGAAACGCCAUGAGUAUUUCUUGCCACUGGACAAAUAACCCAUCCUACGCUGCUCUAUGCCUCGUUAAAUCUAUCGAAACAAGAAUAGACCUAAUGUGUUGUUCUCAACCUUCUUACAUGAAUGAGUGGCCGAGGUUAUCGUUUUUAAGUCAAACUUAUGGUGUUAUUGCUGAAUCCGAUAUUAACACUGAAUUCAUCAGAUGGAUGGGGUCCAUUAGAUUCAAUUUGGGUGUAGCAUUUAAUAUCUUUCAAGGCAAAAAGUAUCCUUGUGAAGUAUUCGUUAAAUAUGCUGCCAAAUCUAAAAAGGAACUAAAGGUUCAUUUUUUGGAGAACAAAGAUAAAAAUAAAGGAUAUUUGGCCUUCGAACCAAACACUGAUCCAGACUCUUCACUCGAUUCUUUAUCUAAAAACGACAGAAAUAAUAGAAAUGAUGAGCUCUCACCAACUUUUCUUACCGAAGAUAAUUUUAAGCUAAAAUAUCCAAUGACUGAACCAGUGCCCGAUGAUUGGGAGAAAGUGGAUUCUGAGCUAACCGAUAAUCUAACAAUAUUCUACACGGGUAAAAUGCCUUAUAUUGCUGAAGAUACCAAAUUUUUUCCUGCAGCUUUACCAGCAGAUGGUACUAUCGACUUAAUCAUGACAGAUGGAAGAACUUCAGUCGCGAAAAUAACACCAAUUCUAUUGUCCUUGGAUAAGGGCUCUCACGUGUUGGAACCAGAAGUUGUUCACUCUAAAAUUUUGGCUUACAAAAUCAUACCAAAAAUCAAGUCUGGUUUGUUUUCAGUCGAUGGCGAACGGUUUCCGUUGGAACCUUUACAGGUCGAAAUUAUGCCCAUGUUAUGUAAGACAUUGCUCAAAAACGGCAGAUAUAUUGAUACCGAAUUCGAAUCUAUGUAG